UUCUUUACCUUAUACGAAGUCGACACCCACAUUCCCAAAAAACUUCCGGUACAAACUGGGCGCAGUACAACAAAAAAGAAACACCUUCUAAGCAAUCACAAUCGCAGACGCAAUCAUGGAGGGCGAGGCACCGACCGAACGUAAAUCUCGCAAAUCCGUUGCUUUCACCGACGAACAAGUCGUAGUAGACGCUGACGGUUCCGUCACCAUGGUUAACGCUACCGAAGAUCCCAAGGAUUCGGCUCAGUCCCACACGCCUCCUGCUGAGGAUCUCCCCCCAGCUGAGGAUGGUGGUCUUGACCUUUCUCUCAUGAAGAAGAAGAAGAAGAAGUCGAAGAAGGUCGACGAUGAUGCCGAUGCCGCCCCUGCCGACGAUGCUGCCCCCGCCGAGGAUGGAGGUCUCGACUUGACCCUGAAGAAGAAGAAGAAGAAGCCCAAGGCUACCAAGGACGACGACUUCACCAAGCAGCUCGAGAAGCUUGAGCUGCAGGAGGGCGCUGAGGAGGCUGAGGAGGAACCUCAAGAGCAAGAGGGUGACAUGCACGAAGGAACUGGCAUUUGGGCUCACGACGAGACCAAGGCCAUUGGCUACACCAUGCUUCUUUCUCGAUUCUUCAGCGAGCUUACCCAGAGGAACCCCGACCACGUUAUGACCGGAACAAAGAGCUACAAGAUCCCCCCACCCCAGUGCAUGCGAGAAGGCAACCGAAAAACUGUUUUCGCCAACAUUGCCGAUAUCUGCAAGCGCAUGAAGAGAACCGAAGAGCACGUUACUGCCUAUCUGUUUGCUGAGUUGGGUACCAGUGGUUCAGUCGACGGUAGCCGAAGACUGGUUAUCAAGGGUCGUUUCCAACAGAAGCAGAUCGAGAACGUCGUCCGAAAAUACAUCAUUGAGUACGUCACUUGCAAGACCUGCAAGUCUCCCGACACCGAGCUCAACAAGGGUGAGAACCGUCUGUACUUCAUUACUUGCAACAACUGUGCUUCUCGACGAAGUGUCACUGCUAUUAAGACCGGUUUCUCCGCCCAGGUUGGCAAGCGAAGAAAGAUGCAGGGUUAAGCAACCCCGCGUCUUUCUUCCUUUCUCUCAGUUCUGUCCCCACUCACUGCCAACAACGUCCUUGGCCUGUGGGUGCUGGGUGGUUACGUUUGUCUUGGCGGUGUUUUAUCUUGGCUGCGCAGCUGACUCUACGCUGAAAACGAACAAACGGUUUUCUUUUUGAGCUGCGUAGUCUCGACGAUGGAUACAGAUUUCGCACUUUUGGAUGAGGCUCCGCUGCCUUCUCCAUACGAUCUGGUCCCUAGGGUCAAAAGGAGUGAUGUCGGACUCGAUUAAUUAUGAAAUCGAGUGCCGGGGUUAUGAUGUUGGCGUAUGGAUUAUGUACAUGAUGCCGGAAUGAAACAAGACUGCAGCCAAACAAAA